CAGGAGCUAGACUGUAAAUAACUUUGACCUCUGUUGUGACUUUUGUAUCGCCUUGCUGUCUUCUUUAGUAGUGUUUAACUUCAGGCCAAUAAAGUAGUUUUACAAAAUAUGAUUUGAGUAAGAUCAUGUCCCACUACAUCUCAAUAUCAGUAUAUUACAAAGAUAUUUAAAUAUAUUUUAUAUUUCAAUCGACACAGGCUGUACAGAAGGUUGGAAUAACUUAGCAAGUUCAUGUUACUACAUUACAGAACAAAAUAUGAACGCUAGUCAAGGCUCGAAAACGUGUCAAGCAUUAAAUGCUUACCCUGUUACAGUGGACAGUGAAGAAGAGAACAACUAUCUGAAAGCGUUAAUUAACUCAAAAUAUGCUAAUACAGAUGACGUGCGCGCUUUCUUUAUUGGCUUUACAGACAGUGAUACUGAGGGUGCAUGGGUAAAACACGGAACCAAUGACCAAAUGGUAUUCCAGGAUUGGGGAAUUAGUGAGCCAAGUGGAGGAACAAGAGAAAACUGUUUGGCUUUUUAUUUCCCUUUAGACUUGAAAUGGGUAGAUAUCCGAUGUAGCAUUGAGCUAAGAAUGAUUUGCGAGAUGGAGGCACUGCCUUGAUACAGAGUAAUUUUAUACUAGGGCAAUCAUUUGACUCCAAAAAUCCUUGAUGCAUACCCAAUACACAAUGCAGC